CAAAAUUUCAUUAUGUCAAGUUUUAAAAUAGAUUCUUGCGAAGCACGGGUUCUUGCUAGUAAUAUAAUAUAUAGAGGCAGGUAAAAAUUGAAAGAUCAUCAAUAGCCAAGAUUGUGGAAAGUUUUACAUCCAGGCACACCCAGUUACCAAACUUAUUAUGUAUAUUAUCAGAGGGCAAAAUAAAGUGAUUUUACACAGGUGUAUGUGGUGUUAUAUAUAUUAUUAUUGUAUGGUUUACAAUACACACUAAAACCCAGCUUUUCAGGAAAUGCAUGCUAUCACUGCUGUGGUGGAAUUUUCUAAUUUACUAAAGCCAGCAGAGAUUAGCUUAGAGGAAAUAAAAUUCAUAUUCAAGUACCGUAUUAUAAUUAUUUCUUAUUAUUUGAUUUCGGUCAUUAUUAAGAUGCAACGUUUUCCUGUACAGUACAAAACCUAUCACAGAAAGAAAGUAUUAAAAUUCAAAAAUAAAUAUUUUCCUUGCAAUAUUCAUCGAUAAGAAUUUCUUGAGGUGUCAAGAACGGAUAUGUUAAUUUGAACAAAAACAAAAACUGGAAAUGGAAACUUAUUUUGUACAUAAGAUCUCAGUUGUAUUUGGUCAGUGCACCGGUAUUAGCGUAAUAGGGUUAUCUUAUUAAAUCCAUAAUUUAUCAGUUAACACUAACAAAUCAUUCUUCAAAUAUUACUGUCUAUCACUUUUUCAUUUGAAAUCAUGUUUACAGACCACAGGUGCUUUGCUGUUAUUGUAUCUAUAAUUUCAGUUACAGGUGUGCUCUUUUCUGGACAAUGGUCAACAGCAAACUUAUCUGAGGAAGUUAUCAGAUCUAAACAAUCAAUUAAGACAAAAUCCUGCCAGAUUCUAUCGGCACCAAACACAAUCUAUUUCCAGAAGAAGUCAGGAAGCAACAAACAAAUUCUAACACCAAACACAGCAGUUGAUGGUAAUGCAGAAGUGGUGCACAUUGAGUGUGCUGAUGGAGCAAGAGAGAGUACCUCUUGGCAAGGAGAGCAUUACAUGGUCUGCUAUGAUGGGCAGUGGUACCCUCCCAAUAAUGUGUGCAUUAAGCUCUGUCCAGCAUGGAGCCUUCUGAACUCUGAGUUUAGUUGCACACUGAAUGAUAAGGCCGUAUCUUGUGAAAAGAACAUCAGAGCAGGCACAGUAGCCAACCGAACAUGCAAAUUAGGCUAUGUAGAGCAGUCCAAUGCUCCCCUGAGUAUUUGCAAAGAUGAUGGAGAGUGGAGCCAAAAUUAUCUUGAUUGUUUUACUGAUUGUGGUGAAACGGACCAUCAUUAUCAAUCAAAUGAUACUCAAUAUGAUACUUCAGUAGCUUUUCCUUGGAAAGCUGGGCUUUACAAGAAGAAGAGUGACUCUGAUGAUUUCGAAUUUAUCUGUAGUGCUACAUUGGUAGAAACACAAUACCUUCUAACAGCCGCUCGUUGUGUGACUGAUAGCAAUGGAACUGUUAUAAGUGGUGAAUUGCUAAGAGUCGGAUUGGGAAAGAGUUACAUAGAAUGGAAUGAUCCUCGCGAUAUCCAUGCUCAGAAUUUGGAAGUGUACAGAGCAACAGACAAGAAAGAUCAUAAAGAACUAGCUGGAGAUGAAUAUUUAAAACUGAAUAAAUCGCUUGAAUUUCUCGAACCUUUGUCAAAAAUAUAUUUGAAAAGAGGAAUUGACCUGAGUUCCUUUGUUCGGCCAAUAUGUACUGUCACGAGGAAGCGAUAUACACUAGGAUUAAAGUAUACCCUGGGGGUAAUGGAAUAUGUGAAUGGAACGCAUCGCACAAUUUUAUCUGAAACAAGCACUGUCAAGGCAUCCAUUUUAAUAUUCCUGCAAUUUGGUAGUACACUUGGCAACUUAUUCGAAGUAUCCCACAUAUUUAAUAUCGUCACUAUGAACCAGUCUCCAGCUAACUCACAAAUUUCCUACUUUAGUGACCAUCCCCAAAACCCUAUGAACAUGACACCAACCGAUCAACAACCCCAGGAUAAUGCAGCGGAGACCCCACGGGAGAGAGAAGGAGGCAGUGUAUGCUCCGUCAACUUCGACCCACAAAACCUGGCCCAAUUGUCCUCCACUGGGAUUGAUAAAGCUGUCGACGCCAUGAAUACUGAUGAGAGUCCAGCUGGUGGAGAUGAGGGAGUGAGGGCGUCCAACCCGGUACCGACGUCUCCACAGACCGCUCCAAGCAUCGCCGAGGGAACAGAGAAUGCCGCCACUCAAUCGCCAUCCGAUGUGGCCAGCCAACUGUCAUCUGUCACCACCAACCUGGGAAAGUGCAAUACUACAUUAGACUCUUCAGUCGGUUAUGCUACCAAUCAUAGGAUGAACGAUUCCUAUAGUGAAUUUAAGCUCAUGCUCAACCAAGUCAUGGCGGGAUUGAUGAAAGAUAUACAAGCAAGCCAGGAUAAAGAGGCAGAAAAUAUCCUAGAAAUCAUCAAAGAAAAUAUCCAAGAAAAUAUCAAAACGGUCAGGCAGGAUGUCAAAACUAUAGACAAAAAAUUUUCUAGCUUCAAGGAGGAAAUGAAAAAUAUGAUAGACAUUAAAAUAGAUAUGCAAUCUACCAUUAUAAAAGAAUUAGAAACCCGUAUAGAUGAAGUCACCUGUCAAGUGAAUGAGCGGUUGGAUGAGCUACCCAAAGAAAUUGAAAAACAAGUAGGCAUAUUAGGCAAGGAGCUAAGUACCACUAUCAUGGGAGUCACAAUGGAGAAAGUAUUGGAAAAUAAAUGCGUCUCGUUUGGGUAUGGCGGGUUCACAGUGGACUGUAAGAGCGGUCUCCUCGUUCUGGUAGGCGGUAACACGUUCAGAUAA